GGCCAAGCGGCUCGCGCGCUGCUCUUAGCGCGCCGCGCAUCCUGGUCAUCCUCACCCUCAUCCCGGUUACCCUCCUCAUCGUCCUCCUCAUCCUCCUCCUCAUCCUCUCCAUCGCCAUCGCCACCGCGGCGGUGUCCUGGAUCGCGCGGCAUUGAAGAGGAUUCUGGUCUUGUGACUCUUUCCUGAAGGAAUUCCAGUCUCCUGGGCCAUCACCUUCACCAAAAGACAUGGAGAAGUUUGCAUCAGACAGGCCUGUUCCUGUGUCUAAGAACGGAAUCCCUACUCCUCCUUCCCAGAAGAAGCCAGAUACAAACUCCUGCCCUCAUGCAGCAGGCAAGCGUGUUCUCCCUGGCGGGGUGGACAAUGAGAACUGCAAGAAUAAUGAGAAGGAAAGGCAGUGGAUCCGCCCUGAUAAACCCAGCAAAUGCACGUGGAAGCUUGGGAAACCCCUCUCUGCCUCCCCACAUCAUCAUACCUCUCUGCCAGAGCCUCCAAAGAUCCUGCCAAGCAUCCUGAAUAAAGUUGGCAAUACACCUUUGGUGCGAAUCAACAAGAUUGGGAAGCAUUUUGGACUCAAGUGUGAACUCUUGGUCAAGUGUGAGUUCUUCAAUGCCGGGGGCAGCGUCAAGGACCGCAUCAGCCUCAGGAUGGUGGAGGAUGCUGAGAGGGCUGGGAUCCUGAAGCCUGGGGACACAAUCAUAGAACCAACCUCUGGAAACACAGGAAUUGGGCUGGCCUUGGCUGCGGCAGUGAAGGGUUACCGCUGCAUCAUCGUGAUGCCAGAGAAAAUGAGCAUGGAGAAGGUGGAUGUCCUGAGAGCUCUGGGCGCUGAGAUUGUGAGGACCCCAACUACAGCCAGAUUUGAUUCUCCUGAAUCUCACGUGGGAGUGGCGUGGAGGCUGCAGAACGAAAUCCCCAACGCACACAUCCUAGACCAGUACCGGAAUCCCAGCAACCCCCUGACACACUAUGACACCACAGCUGAGGAGAUCCUGCAGCAGUGUGAUGGAAAGAUAGACAUGCUGGUGGCUACAGCUGGCACAGGAGGGACUAUCACUGGCAUCUCCAGGAAGCUAAAGGAGAAGUGUCCAGGAUGCAAAAUCAUAGGUGUGGAUCCUGAAGGCUCCAUCCUUGCUACACCAGAAUCACUGAACAAGACUGACAAGACAAUGUAUGAAGUGGAAGGAAUUGGAUAUGAUUUUGUCCCCACGGUGUUGGAUAGAUCUGCAGUGGACCAGUGGUACAAGAGCAAUGAUGAGGAGUCCUUUGCUUUCGCUCGCAUGCUGAUCCGAGAGGAGGGGCUGCUGUGUGGUGGCAGCUCAGGCAGUGCCAUGUCUGUGGCUGUGAAGGCAGCCAAGGAGCUGAAGGAGGGUCAGUGCUGUGUUGUCAUCCUCCCUGACUCUAUCAGGAACUACAUGUCCAAGUUUUUGAGUGACAAAUGGAUGAUUCAGAAAGGGUUCAUGAAAGAAGAGGACCUUGGCAACAAACCCUGGUGGUGGAACAUCAGUGUUCAGGAACUGAGCCUCUCUGCUCCCCUGACUGUGCUUCCAACUGUUACCUGUGCAAAGACUGUUGAAAUUCUCCGGGAGAAGGGAUUCGACCAGGAACACCUGAGGCUUUGGUGUUGCUUAGCGCUGUCUUCUCUCUCCCUCCCCAGGGUGAUUUUGGGCAUGGUUACCCUGGGUAACAUGCUUUCCUCACUGCUUGCUGGAAAAGUUCAGCCUUCUGAUGAAGUCAGAAAAGUAAUCUACAAGCAAUUUCAACAGAUUAACCUGAAAGACAACUUGGGGAAACUCUCUCAUAUCCUGGAAAUAGACCACUUUGCUCUAGUGGUUCAUGAGCAAAUUCAAUAUCACACUGAUGGCUCCUCCAGCAAGAGGCAAAUGGUGUUUGGCAUCGUCACAGCCAUCGACCUGCUGAACUUUGUGACCGCACGAGAGCGGGAGAGGAAAUCCAACUAAAGCCAAGGGGCGACGUGGAGCCUCUUCACCAACCUUUUGCAAUCUCCAACAAGGAAUCAGGUUUAUUUCUUUAGUAGAAUGGCCUUGAGUAGAAUGGUCUUAGGGUGUUUUUUGUUGUGUGGGGUUUUUUUUUUUUUGUUUUUGGGUUUUUUUUUUAAAUUCUGAAAAUAAGCAGUUAGCUAUCCUGGUGUCCGCUCUACAGCCAAUGUGUCUUGCUGUAUUGCACAGCUUCUGGGGACUUGUUUCUUAAUCACCUUACACAAUGUUUCUUAUCAAGACAAUUUUAUUUUUUUACCUAUAUAUAUACAUAUAUAUAUAUAUAUGUGUGUGUGUGUAAAAAAUAUUGCCUAAGUUAACUGGUAUGUUCCUUGUUAUAUGUCUAAUGUCUGGCUUUCGAAAACAUUGUUUCGGACUCAUAAAAUAUGUUGAAAUAAAGAGUUAAUGAAGCAGAGGCCCA